AUGUCUACUCCUGUCAAAGAAAAGUCUACCCCGGCCAGAGCAAAGGCCACUCCAUCCAAGGAGAAGGCCACUCCAUCCAAGGAGAAGGCCAACGUCAAGGCUUUUGGUGAACUGUCCAUGACCGAGAACAAACUGUUGGUUCUCGCCAACUACUACCAUGAGACCAACGCCAAAAUCGACUUCGAAAAGAUCGCUGGGCUCGCCGACCUCCAAGCCAACUCUGCUCGCACCAUCUACCGUUCCGGCAAGCGCAAGGUUGCGAAGAUGUUCCUUGAGCCCGAGAACUCGCAUGGAGACGCGGAUGUUUCAUCCAGCAACAGUCCCGUGGGCAAGACUGCAAAAGGCCGCGCCAAAGUAGCCACUCCUCGCUCCGCCAAGAAGGCCAAGCUCACCGAGGCCAAUGGUGUUGCUGAGGCCGACCCCGAGGAUGUUGCCAACCAGGGAGUCCUCAACAACGCUAGCGACGUGAACACCACUGGGACUGUCGAAAAUGCCGAAGACGAUAACGACUCUGGAAUAGAUUACUUCGAGCCUCGGCGUGAUGUCGAAUCCAAGAACUCCGGCAUCGCCACCAACGAGCCUACCACCAAGGCUUAUUCCGAAGACGAAUUCGACUUUGAGCGUCGCCUUCCCGGCGAGCCCACCGAGGAGGAAGCUAUCGUCACGCUCUUCGGAGAGCAGAACUAA